AUGGCGCUCAAACCAUCAACAUCAAAGAGCGACGCCUCAAUUGACGUUGAAGAGGCGUCCUUCCAUGCCUUCAAUAACCCCAGGAAGCUCCCGCCUUGGCUCGAUCAUUUCAACGCCAAAGACCUCAAGAUCCUCUUCAAAUGUUCACUAGCUGUCUGGAUCUUUACCCUGUUUAUCUUUAUCAGCGACACUUUGCGAGUACUCGGACAAGCAACCUUUUUCGGAUGUAUCGUUCUAUUCAUCAUGCCGCCAUCUGGCGUCGUCUUCAUCCAUGUCCUGGCUGGACUGAUGAUCUGCUUCGGCAUGGCCUUCGGCUGGGCUUGGGGAGCCAUGGCAAUGAAGGCAGCCUUGGCGACAAGGCCCAAUGCUGAUCUGAUGCAACGCUACGGCGAAUUGCAAGCAUCAAUACCGCAGAACACCACCAAUGUUGGCCAGGCUUCUGGUCAAACAACAUAUCAGCAGAUCGCCAUCUACCAGGGUUUUAUGCUCGAUGCUCGAAUCUCUGUCACUUACUUCUGCCUGUUAGGUUUGUUUGUGUAUCUAAUGGCUCGUCUACGAGUUUCUGCGCCCAACCUCACACUCGUAUCACUCUUUGCCAUGAUCGUGUCAGAUAUCUACUUGACUAUUGCACCGCUCAUUCCUACCUUCCAAGGCACAAUUCCAAAAGUAUUGAUCCUACCCACCGCCAUCGCAGUCGGAAUCGGCGCCGUCUGCAACCUGAUAUUCUUCCCGCAGUCAACAUCUCAGAUCACACUUGCAAGCAUGUCCGACUUGCUUCGUCCAAUGAACGGCUACAUCAAAUCAUUAACCUGGCACUUCAAGAGUAGAACGAGAUUUCAACCAGAGCGGCUUCAAGGACUCAAGGGUGGCCUGGCUGCAUCUCAAAAGAGCAUUGAAUCUGCCAUCAAGUUUCUUCCCAUGGAUUUUACAUGGCGAAAAUGGAGCCCCGAUGAUAUCAAGUCUUUCCAAGAGCCACUACGCCAGGUCUUGGUAUCGUUUGGAGAACUUUUACAGCUGUCCAUCUCACGCGAAGAACUGUUUGCAAAAGACGAGGCGCUCACGAAUGCGGUCGAUGAGCUCGAAAAGUCCGAAAAAGAGAAGCAUCCGCUCGCAUACCAUAUUGCCAAAGCGGCUGAUUUCCGUGAACUCACAAACCAUCCCGAUACCGAAGAAAUGUUGAUCAAAGCCAUCGACUCGUUGUCUUCUUGCGCUACACCAUUGUUGCGGGCUUUGGAACAAAGCAUCGACGCUAUCGUCCAGGCACUGUCAGGGCCUAAAGAAGAUGUGGUGGAUCAGCAUGAGCAAAUUCUUGCAGCACUGCAGGAAGCUCUAGAUGACUUUGAGGACUCAGCUGCCGAACAUUUGAUGGUCCCUCACGCCCAUCUCUUUGAUGCUGAUGGCAAGGUCAUUUUCAAAGAUAACCGCUCACCACCGAUGUUUGGCUUGAUGUCAGGUCUAUUGUACCACGAGCGACUAAUUAACCUCACCAAAAGCAUCGGUACCGUUCUCGAGAAAGCCGUGGAGAUGGAGAAGACCCGAACAAAGAAACAAAUGUGGUUUCCAAAAGGACUUCAGAAACUCUUCUCGCUGGGCUUGUCGAAUGACGCACCACCUUCUACACUCGCUGGCACCACAGACCUUACCCGCACCAUGUCUGCCAUCUCCAAACCUGAGAAGAAACGCGGUCUGUUCAAGAGGAAGCCGAAAACCGAGCCCGAGGCGGGAGAGACUGAGAAGAAAGCAGCUACCAUUCUGCAAAGCAUGCAGCAGACGACGGGUAGACAACGGAAAAAGCCAAGUCUCAUCUUCUUGGGAUUGAUCAACUUCUUCACUGGAGUCGAGGGUCUGCACGCCCUGCGAACGCUGGUUUUAACGAUCGCCCUCGCUGUUCCUGCCGUCAUCCCGUCGUCAGCAGGAUUUUACUACCGAGAGAAGGGAAUGUGGGCAUUGAUCAUGGCACAAAUGGCUCUCGAACCGUACAUGUCGGACUUUACUGCUGGAAUUAUCAUCAGAACUCUCGGUACCGUUGCAGGAGGUGUUCUUGGUCUUUUGUGCUGGUAUAUCGGAUCCGGCAAUGGCCCUGGUAACCAAUAUGGCCUUGCUGCGAUUAUGGCUGUUGCCAUUGUCGGCAUGAUGUGGUGGCGGCUUUUCGCUCCCCCACAGCACAUGGCAGCUGGUAUCAUGCUUACAUCGACCAUGUACAUGGUAGUCUCCUACAGUUGGGUUGACACGCACAUCCCUAGUUAUGGUAAUCCUGGCGUGGGAUACGAGGUGUUCUGGCGACGAAUUCUUCUCGUAUUGAUCGGAUUCGGCGCGGCUGUUCUUGUUGCACUUCUGCCCCGACCUCUCUCAGGAAACAGACACUACCGACAAAUCAUGACCAGUCAACUUUCGAGCAUCCGAGACCGCUACGCGCUUCUGGUUACAGUUUGGCGUGAGCCUCCGGCCGACUUUGUUGAAGUCAUGGAGAAAGAAUCGACCACUUCCGAAGAAAUCUUCAACUCGAUCGCUCUUCCUAUUCAGAAGACAAAGUUCGAGUUCUCAACAUCAAACCUCGACACCGCGACACUUAGCCGUGCAAACCACUUAUGCACCAACCUAAAUGUCUUCCUCACACAAUUCAGCUUGACUGUCACCAAACUUCCUCUUCCCGUGCGCGAGCGCUUCAUGCAACGCGUGACAGCUGGUGACGAGAAUCUUGUAGCAGAUCUCAUGUCGACUUUGACCCUUCUCCAGCACUCUCUAACCUCUGGCGAACCACUUCCAGCAAUCUUGCCGACACCGUUAGUAGGCAGGGCAAUCCAGUUCAGGAAGCUCAAGGGGGAGCUUCAGGAUGAAGUUAACUCUAAGGAAUAUCUAGCUACACCGCAGGGAAGGCAUUGGUCAGCGGCUGUUUAUGCGUUUGUGAGGUUUUUGGGCACGCUUGAUGAUCUUGUGUUUGUUGUGAAGAAGGCUGUUGGGGAAAGCUCGCAUAUUCACACUGACGCUUUUGGUGGAAACAUGUACUGA